AUGUCAUCUUUGGAAAUAGUUUACGGACUUGCUAUCAUUGGUGAAGGUGGAAUUCGUCUUUUAGGUACCCCACUUUCGAUCUCAGCAGAAACCAAAGAACUUGAGGUCAAAAUGUUCAACAAAGCUAAAGAGACUGAAGGAAACAUUCUUUUAUUCGACUCACACCUUGUUCUUUACAAAGCUGUUGAAGACGUCUAUCUCUUAUUGUAUGCCCCCAUUACUGAAAACGAAAUCAUGCUCUUCAAUGCUCUAGAUGCCUUCUAUUCUGCUAUUGUCAAAGCUAUUAAAGGCCCGCUGACCCAAAAGUCUCUGACCAAACACUAUGACGAAGUCUUUCUUGUUCUUGACUCUUUUAUCUACAAAAACGUUCUUAUCUCUGACUCCACCACUGAUAUUGUAGAAAGGAUUCCCAAGCGAACCUUUGAGGGACUUGAAGCUAUGCCAAUUCCUUCCAAGUUCUCUAGUGCGUUCAAAAAAGCCCAAAAGUCCUUUGCCAGUUCUUGGUUCAAGAAGUAA